AUGGCAUAUCCCCCACUGAACAUUAUCAUGGAAGUCCGAAGAAACAGCCACGACCUAUAUUGCAACAUCCAGAUGGUGUUCCUCAAUGGCAACACCAUCAUGGAACACUUGGCCAACGAAGACCUCGAGUUCGAUGAUGAGACCCAGGCCAUCUCGGACCUUGCACAAGUAAGGAAUUGGGAUGUUCAUGCAUACACCAGUGACUGGAAGAUUUUUAACACGAUCCUGGAUUCCAUCCCAGGUCUUCGUGAUUGUUACGACAAGACCCCAGAUAUGGAUUUACUCCUUAAACUUGCCAAAGAGAUGAACCAGCGUGCCAACAACGGCCGAGCGACUGAUGCCCAUACGCUCAAAGAUGCAAUCAAGUUGUACAUACCAAAUUGGAUCCCCAGCGCGGCCGACGACCAUGACAACAAAGCCCAGCGUGGCUUCAAUCAUGCACAGUAUACCAAACAGAUCAUUCCGGCACGGUACGCACGCCUGUUCCAGGACGAUCCAGUCAGCACCCGGGCAAAAUUGCUAGAUGGCCGUCUUGUCGUAAGCCCGCGGUUCAUGCCCUCCUUCGUAUAUGAGAAGCCUGAAGAUUAUUCUUCCGAUGCGGUCGCGGACGGUUUAUUUCGAGGCCCACUACUUCUCCAAGUUGCUCGUCAUGUCCUAAUAGGACCCAAUGUAUCAGCCAUUGCCAAAGUUCAACCUGGUCGGGGCGGCAAUGCAAAUAAACGUCGGAUCACGCGCGUCACACCUGAACUAGUUGCAUACCUAGUGGUUCAGGGAUAUUUUGCAAUGAACAGCACGACCACAUGGAAUGCAGGCAGCAUCAAGGGUGCAGAGGCGGAAUUUGAUUACUCCAUCCUGUAUUACAUGGUAAUCAAGAUGUUUAGCCCAACACUCGGUGACGAGGAGAAUACAUGGGCUGAUGAGACAUUACAGUGGAUGAACGAGUGGUUCUCGUUGGCACCGAGUCUUACAGAAACCAUUGCAGACUUCAAUCUCAGUGCCAGCAACCAUAGCCCCACUCCAACUACCACAGAGGGAUAUGAAAGGGCAUUACCACUGCCUCUAUCUUCGUCUGAGGCACAUGAUGAGCCGCCCAUUGAUCCAGUACUCGUUGAGAUUUCUCAUGGACCUGACGUUAUACAAGUACUAAUCAUUCGCCACAUGCAUGCAGAAGUCCCUGUUCCUUGUCCUCAACCAGGAGGGGGGAUCCGUGGGGCCACACAUGCUCCUCCAAUCAUGCAUAUACCUGCGCCCAACAUUGAUCACCAGUCGUUUCCUCACGCGAUGCCAGUCUCAACAGCCCCAGGCUCUAGCUUUCCGGCAGAUUCCCUACACACCACAGCGGUGAUCCCAAGCACAACCAAGCACAAUUCGGAACGCACGAGACAAGUCCCGGCCAGUCAAGCCACGAUAGUUGAGCAUAUCCCGGCACAAUCCCAUGGGCUCACAAAACAAUACGAGCGGACGGCCCCGCAAGAAGACAGCUGCAGCUGCGGGCUUAGCACAGGGGAGGACGACGAGAGGAGGCGCUCCGAUGGUGGUGGCAAAAAGAUCUACGAGGCAGGCAACAGCGGGAAGGAAUGGUAA